AUGUCGAAAGACGAGACAUCUCAGGACUUGUCGUCCCAACUCAACAUCGAGGAGGACAAACUCAGCACCACGACUGCCACCGCGUCUCAAGUAGAAGCCAGCACCGAAAGCAAGACACGUCGUACCUCCGGUACCUUCUGCUUCAUGGACAAGCGACAAAAAUACCGCGUCAUCAACAACGAUAUUGACAUGACACCAGAUGACCUAAUCGACACCGACUAUUUGACCAUGGAACAUACGUUCACCCAUGCGGCUUACGAAACUAAGCAACGCCGAAAAAGCGAGACAGGCUUAAAAGCAGGCAGGUCUAGGUCCGACAUGGGUAUGAAAGUGUACGCCACCACCAUAGACCUUGACGACAUCCAUAUCGAUCACACAAUCGACACGGAGGAGGGUUACCCGCCCACCGAUUUUGAUGUCGAGCAAGCGCCUUCAGCGUAUUACUUGCCAAAAAUCAUGCCGCUCACUAAGUAUCCACCCACAAUAUACGUCGAACUCAAAGAAACACCGACUGUAUAUUUGUUCAGCUUACCUAGCUUUUCUUACGAUAAAGGCACCGCUGACGGACGAGCAGCAGAAGAGGAAAAUGAAAACUACGCGUACAUCACAGUCGGAAAGGGUAGAAAUAGAAAAAUGGGUUUCCAGGAGACUCAAACGAGAUACACCAUGUUCCAAACCCGGCACUCGCUGUCGACCCGACCGAAGAAGAAGAACCAGAUGUGUUUCGCAUCCGUGUGGGACAUGUACGACACGUACGCGCAGCUCGCGCAGGAAGAGGAGGAGGAGUCCGAUGACGAGAUGGUCAUGUACCAGUCCGCGGCGGCCUACCUCUUGCGGAAGAAACGACUCAAAAAGAAAAAGAAGAAACCCAGAACUACGUUCGAGGAGAUAGGACAGACUCAACAAUUUUUCGAUGCGGCAAUGUUGUGUAAUCGCGUUCUUGCCUCUAAAGAUUAUGCAGAAGCUCAAAAGAAAUUCAGGGGUCUCGUUAGUAUGGAUCCACUCGCUCCUGAUUUGGUAUAUAUUUACACAAUGCAGUCGCUAUGGUAUUUUGAAAGUGAAGAAACUUUAAAUCGUCCUAUUAUGAGUGUAGCGUUUAAUCCCAAAAACCCGGAUAUCUUGGCGGUAGCACAUGGAAAAUUCGGUUACGCUGAGAAACUGAACGGCAUUGUAUGUAUUUGGUGCACCAAAAAUCCUUGUACACCAGAACGACGUUACCGGUUUGAAACUCCAGUGACAUCUGUAUCUUUUGCUAAUAGGAAUCCUAACUGGAUCGCAUGCGCUUUUGCUAACGGGGAUAUAUGCAUACUAGACAUUACGUCGUAUAGCAUUAAAGUUAUCGCAAAAAGUAAACGCGACACGAAUCCCUGCUUUGAACCGAUUUGGGCAACCAGCUGGGUUGCAAAAGACAAAAGUCAGGAGUACGUGAUGGCGGCCGGCCAGGAUGGACGGAUCAGCAGAUUCACCAGCACCAAGACACACGACUUUAUAUGCACGCCCAUGAUGCGUAUAUGUGCCGUGGAAGGCAAGAUGAAAGGCUUGGAGACGCCGAAGCCAUGUCUAAAAGUAGACGUGCCGAUUAUUAGAUACCCGGCAGCACUGUGCCUGCGAUGGCACCCAGUCAUCAGCCACAUAUACCUGGUGGGCACCGACGAGGGUUGUAUCCACAGGUGUUCCACGCACUACCUCAACCAGCACAUGGACGUGUUCAAGGCUCACUCGGGCCCCGUCUACAGUAUGAUAUAUUCUCCUUUUAUGACCUCUUUGCUCGUGACUUGUGGAGCGGACAAUGCCAUACGAAUCUGGAUAGAGGAUUUAGAUGAUGUAAUUAUGACGUUGAACUGUGCUUCGGCGGUGUAUGACGUAGCAUUCUGUCCGACGAACGCGACGAUUCUUAUAUCGGUGAGCGGGAACGUGAUGGCGGUGUGGGAUUUGCGCCGUAAAACGCAUAUUCCUUGCACGGAGUAUACGUUUCCUGGUAACGUGACGCUUACGUACGUGAAGUUUUCUCCGUCGGGGGAUAACCUAUUCGUGGCUGAUACGAUGGGGCGCGUGCACACGUUCCACCUGGAGGACACGCCCAUCGCUCCGUACUACCAGCGGCGCAUGCUCGACGACGCCAUCAAGCGCGCCCUGUGCACGCGCCCGCUGCUGCUGCUGCAGCUCGAGAAGCUCGAGCGGUUCCGAGACAAGUACAACAAGUAG